GCCCACCAAAAGCUCGAGCAGCUCAAGCGCUUCGAUUCCGACGCGGCGGACGUCGUCAUUUGGCUCCGCAGCAACCGCCACCGGUUCCGUCAGGAGAUCUUUGAGCCCGCAUUCCUCUGUGUGACCGUGCCGAACCGCCAAUACGUCGACGCGGUCGAGGCGUGCUUUGGCGACACGCAGCUCCGCACGUUCGUCGCGCAGUGCGAGGAGGACUACCAGACGCUGAACAGGCUCUGUGUUGAUACCCCCGAGGCUGUCGGCAGGAAGGCGAGGAUCAAUACGUGGUUCAAGGCGAAGGACGGAGGCAGGCUCCAGCCGCAGCCGGUGCCCGCAGACCAGCUGGCAGAUCUGGGCUUUGAUGGCUAUGCGAUCGACUUUGUGGAUUGUCCGGAGGGCUUGAAGUGGUUCUUGUGCGCGGAUGUCAAGCUUCACCGUACGCCCAUUGCGAGCGACCCGCAACGCGUCGACCAGGUCAAGGCGAUGGAGAUGGCCGCCCGCGCGGGCGGGCUCAACUACAUCAUCGGUCGCGUCAAGAACGACGUGACGCGCUCGAAGUACGGCAACCGGCUUCCGCAGAACAGGACGAGCGAGAUCAAGCAAGCGCGGUCCCUCGUGCACACCGCGGAUAAUGUUCGGAAUGAGCUACGGGCGAAGCUUGCGGAUGCGGAGGAGAACUAUAGGCUUGUCCAGGGGGAGGAGGACAAGCUGUCGAAGGAGGACAAUCACAUCCAGAUCGAGGGCAAGGCGUUCAAGGCACGCAACGACGAUCUCGAGAAGCGGAAGCGCGCCGUAAUAGAUGCCCGCAAGAAGAUCGAGACUGCCCAGUUAAGGCUGCAGAACGAACGGAAUAAGCUCGAGAAGCUAUUGAACGCGAAGCCUGUGGAUGUCGAGCGCAACAACCUCAAGUCGGAACUUCUCAAGCUCGCAGGCCAGCGGGUGACCAAUCUCCAGCAAUACGUCCGUCUGAUGCACGAGUCUAUCAAAGAGCAGGAGAAGGCCACACUCGCGGGUCUCGAGUACUUCCAGGUCCAGGCAAACAAAGGGGCACUCGGGGCGACGUGCAAAGGGCAGAAGGAGGCCAUCGAGAUCGCUCAGGCGAACUUUGUCGAGAUCAGCCAGAAAUGGAAGAAGAUCAAGGAGGACUCCCGGGAAAAGCUCCACAGGAGAAGCUCGACAGAAGCUCGACGCAUGCGACGACGAGAUCCGGCAGAAGUUUCAGCAGAUGGAGGAGGCUGGCGAGAUCGCGGCCAAGUCGAGAGAGGAGGCCAGGAGGAACUCAACAUGAACAUGGCCACAAAUGCGAACGUCGUCGAGCAGUACAACAAGCGGAAGGCUGAGAUCGCGGCCCUUUCCUCCACCAUCGAGGAACGCGAGAAGCAGAUCCUCAGGGUCGAACGGCAGAUCAAGGCGGCCAGGGACAACUGGCAGCCUGAGCUGGAGAAGCUGGUCGGCAGCAUCGGCGAGAAGUUCUCUGCCGCGUUCGACCGGAUCGGUUGCGCUGGCGAAAUCAGGAUCCGCGAGGACGAAGACUACGACAAAUGGGCAAUCGACAUCAUGGUCAAGUUCCGCGACCACGAGAAACUCCAGCUCCUAACAGGCGAGCGGCAGUCCGGUGGAGAACGUUCACUCACGACAAUCCUCUACCUGAUGAGCCUGACCGAGGAGGCCCGCGCGCCCUUCUCGCUCGUCGACGAGAUCAAUCAAGGCAUGGACCAGCGCACGGAGCGGGCGGUCCACAACUCGCUCAUCGAGGUGACGUGCAAGCCCGACAGCGGGCAGUACUUCCUCAUCACGCCCAAGCUCCUCCCCGACCUGCACUACCACGAGCGCAUGAGGAUCCUGUGCGUGAACAACGGCGAGUGGCUGCCCGAGGAGAAGCGUAUGGGCGACAUGAACGGCCUCAUAGAGGACUUUUUGAGGUUCCGCAGGAAUCAGGGAAGCGCGAGUGUGUAA